ACUUCAUCAAAAGUUUUUCAAUAUGCCUCGUGCCCCAAGAACCUACUCUAAGACUUUCGCUGUCCCAAAGCAGCCUUAUGAAUCUGCCAGAUUAGAUUCUGAGUUGAAGUUGGCCGGUGAAUUCGGUUUAAAGAACAAGAGAGAAAUCUACAGAAUUAACUUUCAAUUGUCUAAAAUCAGAAGAGCUGCUCGUGAUCUUUUGACCAGAGACGAAAAGGACCCAAAGAGAUUAUUCGAAGGUAAUGCUUUGAUUAGAAGAUUGGUGAGAAUUGGUGUUUUGUCUGAAGACAAGAUGAAGUUGGAUUACGUGUUGGCUUUAAACGUUGAAGAUUUCUUGGAAAGAAGAUUGCAAACCCAAGUGUUCAAGUUGGGAUUGGCCAGAUCUAUUCACCACGCCAGAGUCUUGAUUACCCAAAGACACAUUGCUGUUGGUAAGCAAAUUGUUAACAUUCCAUCUUUCAUGGUCAGAUUGGACUCUCAAAAGCACGUUGACUUUGCUCACAACUCUCCAUACGGUGGUGGAAGAGCUGGAAGAGUUAAGAGAAGAAACCAGGCUAAGGGUGCUGAAUCCGGUGAUGCUGAAGAGGAUGAAGAAUAAAUUAGUUAACGCAUCUAUUUACUUUUCAUUUUAAUACAUUUUGGUUACAUUUUCCAAAUAGUUUGUGUAGAAUAGGAAUAUAAGGUUAUUAUUCAA